GCCACAGUUGCAGCACCAUGCCAAGGUCUUUCCUGGUGAAGAAGGUAAAGCUGGAUGAUUUCGCCACCGGGGCGGAUCUGGAGAAUGCCUACCGGCCCAGGACGGACCUCAGCCUGCGGCUUCACGACAAAGCUGGUUACAUCAGUGACUACAUCAGCCCCGGUGUGUACGAUGGUGAGAGUGAUAGUGGGAUCAAGGUGCCCUCCCCUGACCCCCUCUACGAUGGUCUCCAUAGUGACUACGGGGCACCUGACUCUGAGUCCCCCGACAGCCCUGGAUCUGAAAUCACUGACGGUUACAUCAACGGAGACGCUGCAGUGAGCGAGGGGUACACAGUCGAUGCCUUCUUCAUAACUGACGGACGCUCCAGGAGGAAAGCCCUCGGCAGCCCCAGGAGCAUCCAGAGGCACACCUGCAACGAGUGCGGCAAAACCUACGCCACGUCUUCCAACCUGAGCCGGCACAAACAGACACACCGCUCACUGGACAGCAAGAUGGCGAAGAAGUGUCCGACCUGUGGGAAGGUGUACGUGUCCAUGCCUGCCAUGGCCAUGCAUCUGCUCACUCACGACCUCAAGCACAAGUGCGAGGUGUGUGGGAAAGCGUUCAGUCGACCGUGGCUUUUGCAGGGCCACAUGCGUUCCCACACAGGCGAGAAGCCAUUCGGGUGUGCCCACUGUGGGAAGGCCUUCGCAGACCGCUCGAACCUGCGUGCUCACAUGCAGACCCACUCGGCCUUCAAGCACUUCAAGUGUAAACGCUGCAACAAGACCUUCGCGCUCAAGAGUUACCUGAACAAGCACUACGAGUCUGCCUGCUUCAAAGGCCCCUUCUCCCCCCUUGGCCCCCUAGAUGCAUGACCCCCCGCAUAGAUUAACAAUAAACAAGAAAUAGAACUGCAGACCUAGAUUACCAUUAUCCUUACAGACUAAACUGCAGACACGAACACUCUAUUUUUGGUCAAAUUAUGACCUUACUCUCCCUCUCACCCUCUCUCACUUUCUCCCACCUCGCUUUCCCUUGGAGCCUAUUCAUGAAGAUGAAGAAGAUGAAGAUAGCACAAUUUUUCUCCUUGAGAUUUGCCCACUUAAGGAUUUAACUGAUCUACGCAUGCACUUCCUCAAAAAUACAAACUCCACUUCCUCUUCCUCUAUCUAUUCUGGAUAGAAAUAAUAAUACUAACACUGCUUCCUUCUGGCGUCUAGAUACAGUAUGACAACAUAUAUUUUGAGACACUGAUUAUGAUGAUGAUGACGAUGAUGAUGAUGACGAAGACAAUAGUAAGCCUAUAGCUACUGGGUUCCUCCCUGCACUGAAAUGCAGUGAGAGAGUUGUUCCUUCAGAUUUUGUUUUUUUGUUUUCUUUUUUUGGGGAAUAGUAAUAAUAAUAGUAAUAAUAAUAAUGUUCUGCUGCACCAAGUGACCAUAUUCUCUCCACUACUGAGGUAAAAUUUUUUAUUUAUUUAUUUAUUUAUUUAUUUAUUUAUUUGUUUGUUUAUUUAUUUAUUUAUUUUUUUGUUUUAAUUUGGUUACAAUGAGGUGAUAUUGUGAGACAUAUUUGUUGCACUUUAAUUUCUGUAUAUGUAUGUAUAUUUGCCAAUCUCUUUUUAUCACUACAGGCCAAAGCAUAUGUCACUUUUUUGAGUACUAUUUUUCCUAUUAUGUUGUUUACCUUUUUCUUAUUAACAUUAUUGCAUGCAAAAAAAAAAAAAAAAAAAAAAUAAUGAAAUCUAUGCCAACAUCAUAAAAAGCUUAUGAUUUUUGCCAAAAUCCUAUAGAUAGCACCUGAGGGCAAUAUUUUUCUCUUGGAGCCUCCGUAGGACUCUUGAAAAGCAAUAAUCACCUAAUGCAUGGUAUUUUAUGAUGAAGUUAUGAAGUAUUACCUACUACUGUAUAGCAGUUUAAAAAUCAGGUAUGUUUUACUUCACUUAUAGUCAUAAACAGAAAAAUACUAAUAUUACAGACAUCAGGGAACAUGCCAAUGUAGUGUUAGAGAAACAAAAAGAAAAGUCCUGUCUUUCCUCUCUUGUUAUGCACUGCCUGCCUCUUAGUGAGUAGAACUAAAGUAGGAUGUAGGCUAGAGAGGCUGGGAUCAGCUGCCUGCUAGGAGUGACGCCUAUUGUAGGACAACCCCAACCCUGAGAGACCUAUGCUAGGCUAACUUUAACAUGAAAAGUAACAAGCCUAACAACAAUAACCCAGAGAGCCCCAACCUUGGCCAACGCCUUGGUUAACCCUAAACCUCAUUAUAGAGGGACAGCUCAAAUUAAGCAUUCAAGCCAGUUUGAAGCAUUAGCCAUUAUCAAAACGUACCAAGAUAAACUAAAACAGAAUUCAGGAAAAUGGUUUUCCAUUGGAGUUCAGUGAUUUAUUGAAAUUUCUGAAAUAUUGCAAUGGCACUUAAUUGUGUUGAAAGCUCAGGCCUGUUUUGUUCAGACAGUUUGAGUGUAACAGACCUACGACGGACCUUUUAAUAACCCUAGGAGGCCUAUCUUAGCUUUGUCCUGACACUAACAAACACUAAAAUAUGGUUAAGCUAGCAAUCAGACUGGAGGCUUUUGCAACGAGAGGUGCACCACUCCAAAGUGACUGGUAGCACAUGGCUGGCUCCUUAGUAAUUAUGGCUAUGCUUUCAGUAUAAAACCCAGUUCAUGUGUGGUGUAUUGAAGUUGGACUGUGUUCAGCUUUCAAUGCCCGACAUUAUUAUCCAACAUAGCACUUCUAAUGCAGCUCCAAGCCACAGAUCAUGGAUUCUCAAACAACAGAAAUAGCCAGCGCUUGCACUUGUUGGUCCAAUUGCAGCUUAACCGUAACAGGCCCAUUGAUAAGUUAGCCCUAGCCCCAGUUAACCUGCAGUAGGCCAGAUUCAUCCCUAUUGGGGCCGACCAUAGGCUAACCCUAUGCCUAAUAUGCCUACAGAUAGUCUAACUCUAUCCAACUCUAACCCCAUAGAUAGUUUAACCCUUGCUCUAGUUGGCCAACACUAGCCUAGUAUUGCUGAACCCACUUCUCUGCAGCUCAGAAAUCUUUUCUGCAGAUUUGUGGAGCUUCCUGGGAGACAGACUGAGGACACACAGAUAUGCAUGCAAAAUUUGAGUGCCCAUAUACAUAUAUAUAUUUACAAACACCGUAUGUCUACACUGUAAGGCUGCAUAGACACAUGUACACAUGUACAUGUGCACACACACAUACACCCACCCUCACACACACACACACACACACACACACAGUGUCUGCUGAUGAACCGUUGAAGGGAGAGAAUCUGUGGUGUCCUGCUAAACCCCUCUGCUGUCAAGACUUCAGGAACAGAAAAUGAAACAUGUUUAAUAUUCAGAUGGACGGCUCUGUUUGACAAAGGAGUGUUGAUAAUCACAGUGCUUCCUCGGGCAUGAGAUUGCUCAAUUAGAGAGGGGGUUGAUUGAUAACGAAGAUCAUUUAGGGUUGUAAGGACAAGAGUGGAGCCUGCACUGUUACAUGCACCCAUUGCCUAAUAUCAUUUACACCUGACAUGACAUUUAGUGUAGGUAUCUUUUUACCUAAUUGCCCCGUGAAGUUUGAUUCAUCUUUCAUAAUCCGAUCAAGUCAAAUAGCUGACAUCGUGUUGAGUGUGGUGUGUUGCAGGACACUGAUAGAGUUUGCGUCCGUAGUCCUGACCGGAGUCUUUAACCAAAGGGAAGUUAUUUUGAUGAAGCCAUUUGAGCUGAGAAAUUGACAGACAUCUUUCUUGAUCUUGUCCGGCUUUGUCUCUCUCCCUGAUGUCUUAGCUACACACCCGCUGCCACUAUUUGGAUUAAAAUUGUUUAUCAACUAAUUAGUCACAGAGAUCUAGCUUUGAAGAAAAGAUAAUUUUUCUCCAUUGCUGGACUACAGUGCAAGAAAACUAGCUCUCUUGGCUUACAGCUCAUAGCCUUUAUGUGUGAUGCACUGACUUCUCCAACAUUUGACUCAAUAACUAUAACAAACCAUAAAACGUUGGUAGAAAUGUUAAUAAUAACAUAGGUGCUUUCCCCUCGAACACAGGUGCACCACAAAUACAAAUGAAUAUUACAAGCACAAUGAUGGCAAGGACACCACUUUUUAAUUAAUUCUCUCCAUACGCAAAGAAAGUAGAAGCAUCACCUUUAUAUUUCUUAACAGAUUUUGGAGACACAUCAUUAUUGAGGACACACUGUAUGCAGCAGUAUGCUAUUAUUUCUCAUGUCUUCUUGUUCGUGAAAGACAGAGACAAUAAUCUCUAUUGUUGUGGUCACACUGGAGAUAACCAAACAGUGUGAUGGUUACAGAUUUGCUGAAAUGAUGUUGAGGGAGUGUUCGGCUGCGAUGUCUCCAAUUGUUGUUUACAUUUCACAAAUUGUAUUGUGUGUUAAGGACUCUGGUUGAAACUUUGCACUGCAGUCAAAACGUGUUGAGGCGAAUCGGCUUAGUUGUUACUGUGUGCCUGUCUAGCAGUCUUAAGGCAGAAUGGCUUAGCUGCGUGUGUGUCUGUGUGUGUGUCUGUCUGUCUCUGGGUGAGCUCCAGGUCUGUUCUCUCUAAGCACUUCCAUUCUAGUCAUCUCCACCUUAAAGAAAGUAGCACAAUGAAACUAACUAGAAUUCAGGUAGAGAAGAAUUAAAAAUCUUGUACUAGCUUGACCUCUCUUCUUUUUUGUAUUUCCAAGUUAAAGAAUGACGAUAACCUAAAUAAUCAUUUAUUGCAAGAGGGUUUGUAAAGAAUCCUUUGGAUUGAGACAUUUUUACUGCUGUAUAGCGAUAUCUGACACACCUUCUCUCGGGAGGUUUGGCUCUCUGUUGCAGAGAGAAGAUCUCCUGGGUUUUUUUGAGCCAGUAUUCAGACAAUGUAAGCACAAUGAACACAAAGCAUUUUGUGGCACUUCAUAAUAAAGAGUAAUCUUAACCAAC